UCCCACACCUUGCCUCUCCGGCCAAACAAAGCCCUGUUCCCAGAGAAGCCCACCUACCUGGUCGUUAGCAGAGUCACGUGGCUGCACUUCAUUAAUAACAAGCCGAUAUAAAUCCCGGGAAGCAUGUGGGGAGGAGGACCUCGAGGCAGAGAGUGGCAGCAGAGCUCCCAGCGAGCUCGGCGGAGCAGCCAGUCCCUUCCGCGCAGAGAGAUUGUCCCCAGGACCAUGCUGAACGUGCUGCUGCUGUGCUGUGGGCUGCUGCAGGGCAUCCAGGCCGUCCUGGCUGCCGACCUGGGCCACGGCCACCUGCAGAAGGGCAUGGAGGGGGCAGACCGAGGUCACUUCUCCAGCCUGCUGCGGGAAGUCAAGGAGGUGUCUGCAGCGCCGGCUGGAACUCCACCCAGGCUGUGGUUUGAGCAGAUGUCCCGGGAGCUCCAAGAAGCUGAUGGUGACCUGGUGCAGAGAGGCAGCGUGGUGGAACCACAGGGGGUCUCCGCAGAGCUCCAAGCUGAGGGCAGAGAGCAGCGCUCCCCUCGCCGCUGUGUCCGUCUCCUGGAGUCCUGCCUGGGCCAGCAGCUCCCCUGCUGUGACCCCUGUGCCACCUGCUACUGCCGCUUCUUCAACGCCGUCUGCUACUGCAGGAAAACCAGCAGCAACGUCUCCUGCGGCAAGAACUAGCGCCAGCGGGCUGCCCGCUCCUUGCCCACCCCUGUCGCCCCCUGCUCAGCUCUAAUAAAG